AUGCCACAACUUGUCACUUUUACUCCGCCUCCCGCCUCCGCCAUGCCUCCAUCUCCCUCCUUCUCUCUCAUCGGCAUAUUCAUCGCCACCAUCCUUACGGCGGCACACUCCCAACACACCAACACCACCACCUCCUCCUAUGCCAACUGCAACCGAACCUUCUCAUGCGGAACGAUCCGAAACAUCAUCUACCCAUUCACCGGCGGCGACCGCCCCUCAUACUGCGGCCUCCCCGAGUUCACUCUCACCUGCCGCGACAACAACGUCACCGAACUCACCCAGAACUCAGUGGCAUACCGAGUUCUCCGCCUCGACCAGGCCGAGAAAUUCAUGAUCCUUGCACCUUCACUCCUCUACGACAAUCCCUGCCCUUCUGAAUUCCACAACUAUACACUCAAUUCUACUCUAUUUCACUACGAAGGCCCCGAAAACGAAGUAGUAAAUUUAAUCUACGGCUGCAAUGGAUCCUCCAUGUCAAUGAAACCUCAAAAUCAUUUCAACUGCGGUUCCAGUAUUUUGAAUUUUAAAGAUUCUUAUUAUAUAAUCGGGCCAGUUCCAACUGACCCGAUAUUGAGAUUCAUAGUCUGUAGUGUUAGUAUUAGGGUUCCAGUUUUGAAGGAUUCGGGCGAGAGAUUGACCGGAUCAAGAAUAAGUCUUGGCGAGGCCUUAAUGCUGGGAUUUAGUGUGAAGUAUAAUGACCCGUACCAGAGUAUAUGUUCAAAGUGUAAUGGAUCUGGUGGGCAAUGCGGGUUCGAUAGGAAUUCGGGUCAACCCGUUUGUAUUUGUGAUGAUAAGCUUUGUCCUUCUGCACCGGCUCCUCCACCGGAAGCUACUCGAAAUGCUUCGCCAGGAAAUGAUGAUAGAAAUAAACCAAGAAUGAACGUAGUUCCUUCCAUAGCAGGUGCAAUUCUUGCUGGUAUUGGCUUAGGAUGGUUAAUUUUCUACUGUAAACAGCGCAGAAAAUUGCGGCAUGCUGCCGACUCUGCCCGAACUAUUAGCAAGGACUUAAUAAUUCCUCCUUUGAACAGGGGCCUCUCGAGUUGUCCUUUGACUACUUUUACCCCCAGCUUCCCUUCUUAUCCGUCUCCAAAGACAGAUCUCAGUUGGGACAGCUCGGACUUCGGAGUGCAGAUAUUCAGCUACUGUGAUCUUGAAGAAGCUACUGAUAAUUUUGAUCGUUCGAGAGAAUUGGGAGAUGGCGGUUUUGGCACUGUGUACUAUGGUAAGCUACGUGAUGGUAGUGUAGUUGCAGUGAAGCGUCUAUAUGAGAACAAUUUCAAGCGGGUAGAGCAGUUCAGGAACGAAGUCGAGAUCCUAACUCGAUUAAGACACCAGAACCUUGUGACACUGUAUGGAUGCACAUCAAAAAGUAGCCGAGACCUAGUGCUAGUCUACGAGUAUAUACCGAAUGGAACAGUGGCUGAUCAUUUGCACGGAAAAUGGGCGAAAUCUGGCUUGCUAUCAUGGCCAAUUCGGUUGAAUAUUGCCAUUGAAACAGCCGAUGCACUGACUUAUCUCCAUAAAUCGGACAUCGUGCAUCGUGAUGUAAAAACCAACAACAUUCUCCUGGACAAUGAUUUCCAUGUAAAAGUUGCCGAUUUUGGGCUGUCCAGAAUAUUCCCGAAUGACGUUACACACGUGUCGACUGCUCCACAAGGGACGCCUGGCUAUGUCGACCCCGAAUACUACCAGUGCUACAAACUCACAGAAAAGAGCGACGUUUAUAGUUUUGGGGUAGUUUUAAUUGAGCUCAUGUCUUCAUUACAAGCUGUGGAUACCAAUAGACACCGACACGAUAUCAACUUAUCCAACAUGGCUAUCAACAAAAUUCAAAAUCGUACAUUUCACGAGUUAGUCGAUCAGAGUCUCGGAUUUGAGACGGAUUGUACUAUGAGAAGGAUGAUUACACUCGUUGCGGAGUUGGCCUUUCGGUGUUUGCAGCAGGAAAGAGAUAUGAGGCCUUCAAUGGAAGAAGUGCUGGAGACUUUACGAGUAAUUCAGAAUGAAAACUUGAACUUUCACAAGGUCGACGUUGUAGACAUUUCUGUUGAUGAUGAGAUAGCUCUUUUGACCGGUAGCAUUUCUCCUCCAUCACCAGUUUCAGUAAUCACCAAUAAAUAG